CAUCACAGCUGAUCAGUUGCAGACGAGAUCUGUGGACUGGAAAGUGGUAACGGAUAAUCAUUGUACGAGUUUUUGUCAAAUUAGGGCGUAAUAUCAUCUUGCAUUGCCCCGUCAACACCAAACAAAGAGUAAUUUCAAUGUAGAUAGCGUUAGAUCACCAAAAAUAUCAAGUUAGCGGAGACUACAAACAGAAAAUCGUGAUAAAAACAAUUCACCAAAAGUGGGCAAAACCUCUUUUACCUUCCAGAGGAUAUAAAAGUAAAGACAAUAACACCUACAAUGUCUUUCAAAGAAAUGAACUCUGCAGUGAUCUGGUGUAAGGAUGUGGGAGGGAGGAGAUCGAUAACUCCCAAAAUCCGGUAGGCGGGCUUCAAGUCUUUUUAGUUGGCAACAACGAAAUUGAAAAUCUCUGUUUACUUUUCAUGCCAAUUAGCCGAAAUGCACCAGACAGCCAGCGGGAUGAAGAACGCCAUCAGGAAGGCGGGAGGGGGCAGGAUCCGCCUGAUGGGACUCAGCGUCUGGAUCUUCCUCAACCUGAUCCUGAUCGGGAUGGGGGCCUACCUCUACCUCCUGUGGGUCCAGUACUGGCACUACGCGGACACCACCAAAAUGCUCGUGGCCCAGUCCAGGAACUUCACGAAUCCCGUGCGCAGCAGUGACACGAUGGGCCACGGAUCAGGCGACGUGCGAGAGAUCGUCGUCCGGCCCGGCCGCCCCCGCUUCCAUUUCCUCCGCAUGCAGCAACCGCCCACGCAGACCUCCAGCACAUCCCCGACGCCCACCCCGACGCCCACGCCCACCCAGACGCCUAACCUGACCACCACGACGCCCAUUCCUAGAGAUCUGCUGCUGAAGAUGAUCGAGAAACACAAGAUGGCGCUCACGGUGCAUCUGCGAACUGCGCAGAUGGACGGAGGGAAUAUUCUCUUCAAGCACGAGAACAGAUACGGAGUGAAGUUCCGGGGACGCAGGAUACAAGGAAACCCGGACAAGGACAAACUCCUGUGCGAGCUGAAGGGAACCGAGGUUCGUUCCCUCCGCGACGGGGACGAGCCCUUCACCUCUCAGGGCGUCGCCAAACACUUCCCGAGCACGAAUCUCCUCGAAGGGCGCCACUUCAACACAUGCGUCGUCGUCUCCAGCGCGGGUUCUCUCAAGGGAUCGAGGUUGGGCAAUUUCAUAGACUCCCAUGACGCCGUCGUGAGAUUCAACCACGCCCCCACGGAAGGCUUCGAGGAGGACGUGGGUUCGAGGACGACUCUUAGGAUAGUCAAUUCUCAGGUGGUGACGAAGCCGGAGUUCGAUUUCUGGGGCUCGCCCUUGUAUUCUGACGUUGCCUUACUAGUCUGGGACCCUUGUAACUACACGGCAACCCUACAGGAGUGGUACGAAUCUCCAGACUUCGACUUGUUCCCAGUCUACUUCCGACGUCGACUGAUGCUCCCGCAAGAGGACCUUCAUCUGCUGCAUCCCAAGUCCCUCUGGAAGAUCUGGGACGUCUUGCAGAGGAACUCGUUCUCCCGCAUUCUGCAAAACCCGCCUUCUUCUGGAUUUCUAGGCGUGGUUUUGAUGAUGUCCCACUGCGAGACAGUUGACGCCGUGGAGUUCGUCCCAUCCCUGCGACUCACGAAGCAGUGCCACUACUGGGACCCGGCAACAGAUUCGGGCUGCACCUUCGGCCUGUGGCACCCGCUGGCCACCGAAAAGCUCCUGUCCCUCGUGAUGAAUGAGGCCAACGACGAGGACACGUAUCACAAAGGAUUCAUCAGGAUUCCCGGGUUUAAACAGCUCAAGUGUCCCACGCACGAGCCGGGGAGAUAGUCUCGUUUUGCCUGAAGCUUUCAGUUUGAGAUCGUCGGGGUGUCUGCAAAAUCCAUUCUCGUUUUGCAGAGAAGAAGAAGAAUCCCCAUUCUAUAUAGCUUCAAAUGGUCUCUCAGUUCUUUGGUCUUUUUCAGUAAGAAUGACUAAACAGCUAAUCAGUUUUAUUGCUGACUGACAUACUUAUACGUGUCUUCAUUCAAAUAACUUUUCAUACUCGUAUAUAUGUCUUAUCUCAAGCCAUUUUCCAUAUUUGAACAUCUCAUUCAAGAAAUUUUUCAUAUUGAUUUAUUUAUUCAUUCAGAAAAUUUGUCAGCCAUAGUACUUCUAUAUAAUUCUUAAUUCAAGCCCUUUUUCACACUGAAGUGUCUUCAUUUAAGCCAUUUUUCAUGCUUAUAAUCGUAUAUGCCUUCAUUCAAGUUUUCUUUUUACUCAUUCAAGUCAUUUGUCUCUCUUACUUAUUAUUUCAGUUGAUUCAUAAACCUUUACCUUUUAUUUACAUACUCCUUGCGUCUUCUACGAACGAGUCGUUCUUACAACCAAAUUCUUCGGACAUUUUUUUUACAAACGUCUAAUAUUCGUGAAUUUUAUCAAACUCAAAGAAGACAAACUUCAGUUUUGAUAAGCGAUGCAACCACAGAGCUUUAACGAUUGAAAACCAUUACAGAGAUAAGUCUUAUAACUUAUGUAUGCUGCAUUUAUAAUACGCUGUUACGAUAGGCUUAUUUUUACGCGCCGCUACUUAGCACCGAUUUAAUCCAAAUGCGUCACUUCAUAAGAAUAUCAAAUUUAAAACAUAAAAUAGUUAAUAAGUACACAUGACCACUUGAAAUGCUGUCAGAAAAAUUCAAUUUAGACAAAUUUUGGCAAUAAGCCCCCACCCCUGUAGAUAUUAACCUUUUAGGUACCAUUAAUUCUUAAGCGUUAGGGUUCGUCCACACUGCAGUAAAAUAUGUCAUAAACUUGUCGGAAACUUGGAGCACACAUAUUAUGAAAAGGUUGAAAACAAGAUAACGACUCGUUGGCAAUCCAUCCAGCGUUGCCAAAGUUUCGUAUUCCACAUGUGGUCGUUAACUUGUCUUCAACAUGUUUGUGAUAUGUGUCUGAUAAGUUUCUGACGUGAGUGUAUGACGUGUUUCAGCGUAGUGUGGAUGCGCCCUCAAACAAGCAGCUUUAUGUGAAUUAAUUGCAACAUUUUCUGGUUAGUUCCAAUCCCUGUACCGUAUUUCACUUGGGAACUUCCUUCUAAAGAGGGCCUCGAUCCGCCAAAACGAGCAGAAAUGACCCGGGGUGGUGGCUGAGGGUGUUUCCCAAAAAACAAAGUGAACAUUCCAACAUUCGCGAUAAAGCUGCCAUUUUAAAAAUGUUUAUCUAUCCAUCUGAAGAAUAUUUAGUUUGAAGGAGUGGACAUCUCAAUGUGAUCAGUUAAAUUAAGGCAGCUAUUGCCAUGAUCUCUAAACUAACAAGUAGGAUGUGCGAAUGCAAAUCACCUUUGUGACUUGUUGCCUUGUUAUACAUACUUAGACGCGUUACCUUAUCGUAUUACAUUGCUACCGAAGAAUGUAAAGUGUUUGAUACCUUGACCUCGUCUUAGCAUAGCCAUAGGGACAAGAUCCUUCGCUGUUACAAGAUCCCCCGCUGUUUUUGCUGUCCGUGCCUGUUUGCUGUUAUGAUGAAUCCAAGGAUGAAUCAUCGUUAGAACAGAAUUUGAUGCAUAUCGAGAGACUUUCGACUUUGCUUUCCAAGCCAAUAUUAGCCAGAGAUGAAUGACUGUCUGAUUAUACCGAUGAAUACCUUAGAAUGUUUAGGAAUGUAUAGCUUUCCGUCUUCAGCUUUUAUACCAGCAAUCAGAGAAUUUCCUGUGUGCCCUUUACUCGUUCAGAAUAAACCACGUUAGGUACAUUGUUUACUAGCCUGAAGGGAAGUGCAAUGCUCUAUCUAGAACCCUUCAUAACUCCAAAGUAUCCAUGAAUGUCGUAACAAUGAAACAAUCACUUGAUAAUCUAUACCCUCAGAAUCUGGGGAACUCUAGACUAGAAUGUUUCGUACCGACGAUGAAUUUAUGAUAGCAUCCUCUUGGAACUCGUUCCUCUUCCCCUCCCCUCUUUGUACAAGAAUGCUCAAGUCUGUGGUAAGAGACACUUAGAACUGCGUCGAAUUUUUGCUACUGAGAAUUCUUACUGAGAGAAACCUUUUAUAUGGCGAUGGCGCCACCUUUACCCUGCUUUGUGUACCGCCAGCGAGCAACCUAACCUUCUACCCGUCAGCCCAAGAUACCUCGGAAGAAUUGCAGAAAGUUUAUGUGUUAUCUUAGAUCAUUACCCUUACUCCAUGAUACCUUUUUUUUUUUUUUUUUGCAUGAUAUUAGUUUCUGCCUUGGUUGCUUUUACUCCAUAGUUACCUGAGGUAAGAUUUUUUUUAUUCCCUGAACCAAUAAAGUGUUUUUCGCUCGAGAUUGGCCUCUGCUAUUAUUGCUUGAAUUCAUCAACAGUGCUUUGCAAAAGCUUGAAAUAAAUAUUCUACUGUAAUUUUUAAAAUUUCUGUUAUUUUCCGUUACAGGAUUGUAGCUGGCAAGGUUUCGCACAAACCCUUACAUUAUCUGGUGCUUCGUUUGGAUUUAAGUUUUUUUCUGAAUAUGAUUAAAAUCCGUAAUGACUCAUAUCUAAUUCAGGAAAUAUAUUUACCACUUUACUUUAAUAUCUACUUUGAUGUACGUGAAUUCUGAAGUACACUUCUAUAAAGAAAACUUAGUGUUAUUUCUCGAAGUGACUUACCGUUUAGUGGUGUUUCUUUAAUUGAUUUUCCAUAUCAAGUUACAUAUCUAAGCCCUGCGGAAUAUUCUUUACGUGGUACUUUAUUACAUGUAUGCAAACAUACGCCAUGUUAUGGAAAUGUAAGUUGUUUAUUUGUAUAUACAACUGUGGCUACAAAUAAAACAAAACAGUGCGCAUGCGUAACGACGAGCAGGUCUUGGAGGGCACAUGCAUAGUACACAAAUUCUUAGGCGAGAACUUGUUUUUGUAAAACAACUUCGUUUGUAUGCAAUUAUUCCACAGAAUCUUUUUUGUAAACAAGAGCUACUUCAUGAACAAUUCCUGAAGAAGUUUUUUUUCGUUAGGUAAAUAUAUAAACGAUGAUUUUAUGAACUGAUUUCAGCUUAAAUACUUUCACUGCGAUCGUCUGUCAAAGAAGGUCUGAGCUCUAAGAGGAAAACACUCUCUCGGGGCUUCGUUUCGUAAAACUGAAGAGCUUUUAUUUAGUUACCUCAAGUAGGUUUGCAACCUGACCUGAAGUGAGGUUCGUUUUCCCGGGUAACUUUCCCUUGCAAUUGUAUCAUGUUGAAGGUGAAAUAUUUCAGUAUGGUCUGAGACGUCACAUUGUUUACAUCUUUCUAUUAGUCUCCGUCGUUGUAAAGUAACCAACGCUAGAAAAUAUUAAUUCACAAUCAAUGAGUUCAUCUUUUAAAUUGUGAAUAACUUAUUUUUUACUGGGGAAAUUAAUAAAGAUGUGAUUACUUACGUACUUUUUAAACCAUUAUCCAUAUCCAGGACACACUGGAACAACCAAGGUCUAUAGACCAUGGGAACAACGUUCUAUGAAAGUAUAUCAAUAAACUACGAAGUUCGACGCAUGCGCACAAGAAAUCAGUUACAUGGGAGCGCUGAGGAGAGAGAGAGAGAGAGAGAGAGAGAGAGAAACAUUUAUGUGAAUGAAUAACAUGACCUGUCUGUGAAAAAUCUUUGUUGUAAAUAAAGUCUGGUGGAUGAGUUAUUUCCAAGCUUCCUUUGCUUUGUUGGGGUGAAACUUUAUUUUAAGACCCAUGGAAAGAAUACAGGUUCUGAUGUUUGUAUAUCAUACCUCAAUAAAUAGAAAAAAUAUAUAAUAAUUCUAGAUGUGUGUAUUACUUUCCUUUUUUGGAACUGGUUCUCAGUGUUUGAAUUUUUGGCAACUGACGACAGAUAUCUUCAGACAUUUUCCAGAUUUGGAGUCUCGCUCGUCAUAAUAAAAAUAAAAAGGGGAAAA